AUGCUGCCGCUCGGUGUGAUGCUGCUGCUGCUGACGGCCGCUGCCGCCGCCGACCUCACCGGGACCGGCGCUCCAGGACUCGGCUUCUCUCCGCCGGUCCCCGCCUCUCCCUCCGCCCCGCCGCUGCUCCUCCUCCAGAGACCCCAGGAGGAGUACGGGGUUCCCGGUGUAGCUUUGGCCCGGUCAGCGGCGGAGGAGCCGGCCGGCCCCGGAGAGGAGGAAGAGGAGGGGGAGCAUCAUCAUCACGGCGGAGGGUACAAGAUCGUCCAGUGGGAGUGGAGCUACGUCCAGACUCCGUACAUCAUCGCGGUAUGGUUACUGCUGGCCAGCGUGGCCAAGAUCUUGUUUCACUUCUCUCAGCGGUUCACCACCGUGGUCCCAGAGAGCUGCAUGCUGAUCCUCCUGGGUCUGGUCCUGGGUGGGGUUGUUCUCAUAGCCAAUAAGAAGCAGCUUUAUCAGCUAGAGCCCGCCCUCUUCUUCCUCUUUUUGCUGCCCACCAUCGUAGGAGAUGCAGGGUACUUCAUGCCGGCUCGUCUCUUCUUUGACAACCUGGGAGCCAUCCUGAUGUACGCCGUGGUGGGGACGCUGUGGAACGCCUUCUGCACCGGAUUCUGUCUGUACGCUGCCAAACUGCUGGGGGUCAUAGAUGAGCGCGUGCAGGCAGAGCUGAUGGACUUCCUGUUGUUUGGAGCGCUGAUCUCUGCCGUCGACCCGGUGGCGGUGUUGGCCGUGUUCGAGGAGGUUCACGUCAACGACAUGCUCUUCAUCAUUGUGUUUGGGGAGUCGCUUGUGAACGAUGCAGUCACUGUGGUUCUCUAUAAAGUCUACAUUUCUUUUGUGGAAGUUGGAGCAGAAAAUGUCCAGACUGCAGAUUAUUUCAAAGGAGUGGCCUCCUUCCUCAUCGUCAGUAUCGGGGGCACCAUGGUGGGUCUGGUAUUUGCUGUCAUCCUUGGCUUCAUCACUCGUUUCACGAAGAAGGUUCGGAUCAUCGAGCCGCUCUUUGUCUUCCUGCUGGUUUACCUGGCCUACCUGACUGCAGAGCUCUUUUCCUUGUCUGCCAUUCUGUCUAUGACGUUCUGUGGUAUCGGUGCUAAUAAAUACGUGGAGGCCAACAUUUCCCAGAAGUCUCGGACAACAGUAAAGUACACCAUGAAGACUCUGGCUAGCAUUGCAGAAACCAUCAUCUUCAUUUUUCUGGGGAUCUCUGCAGUGGACAAAUCCAAGUGGGCAUGGGACACGGGCUUGGUGUCCUGUACGCUCAUCUUCAUCUUCAUCUUCAGAGCUAUGGGUGUGAUCGGACAAACCUGGGUUCUGAACCGUUUCCGCCUCGUCCCAUUGGACAAGAUCGACCAAGUGGUGAUGUCAUAUGGCGGCCUGAGAGGGGCAGUGGCAUUUGCUCUUGUGGUGCUGCUUGAUGCCAAUCAGGUCAAAGCCAAGGAUUACUUUGUUGCCACGACGAUUGUGGUCGUCUUCUUCACGGUCAUGUUCCAGGGUCUGACCAUCAAACCACUUGUGAAAUGGCUCAAAGUUCCUCGAUCAACCAGCAGGAAGCCAACCAUCAACGAGGAGAUCCAUGAGCGGGCAUUCGAUCACAUCCUGACAGCUGUGGAGGACAUAGCAGGCCUGCAGGGAUAUCACCACUGGAGAGACAAGUGGGAGCAGUUUGAUAAGAACUACCUGAGUAAGCUGCUGCUGAGGAAGUCUGUGUACAGGAAGAGUGAACUGUGGGAGGCUUAUCAGAAGAUCAACAUCAGAGAUGCCAUCAGUGUCAUUGAUCAGGGUGGGAACGUCCUGACCUCAGCCAGACUGUCUCUGCCCUCCAUGGCGAGUAGAGCCUCGUUCCCUGAAGUUACCAACGUCACCAACUACCUGCGUGAGAACGGCAGCGGUGUUUGUCUGGACCUGCAGGUGAUCGAUAACGUCCCUGGAGCCAAAGUAGAAGAGGACACAGAGACGCACCAUGUCCUUGCAGAGAACCUCUACAAGCCCAGGAGACGGUAUCAGUCCCACUACAGCCGUCACUUCAUGCCUCUGGGGGAAAAGGAGCGUCAGGACCGGGAGGUGUUUCAGAGGAACAUGAAGAGCCGCAUGGAGACGUUCAAAUCUAGCCGACACAAACGACACAAGAAGGAGAGAAGCCUCAAGAAGCGCCGAGGCUCUGAUGUCAAGGAGGACGGCAGCGACAAACCGAGACGCAACGUCAGCUGGCAGGACAAAAAUCCAGUGGUCGUACCUGUGGAUUCUGAAGAGGAAAAAGGUGAUCAUUCAGACGCUGAGAAAGAGGAAGAUGUCGGGAUCACUUUUGUUGCUCGAAAUCAAGAAACACCAAAACAACGGCCCCAGUCCGUCCCUGCAGCCCUGGACAGCCCUCAGAGUCCAGCAGCCACCCCUGCCUCACCCCCAAGUGGAGACAGCCAUCUACCAUGGAAGGGCAGUGUGGGCUCUCCUCCCCCCUGCGUGUCUGUGGAGGCCACAAAGAUCAUCCCUGUGGACCUCCAGCAGGCCUGGAACCAGAGCAUCUCCUCCCUGGAGAGCAUCUCCUCUCCACCUGCUCCUCCAGAUCCCAUCCAUCCCCGAGUGAGCGCCCUCUCCAGACUGGCAGGACCCCGCCCAGCCUCCUAUACCCCGCCAGGCAGCGCUGUAGGUAGCACCUCCUCUCUUGGCGCUCAGGUGUCGCAGGGCUCCUUCCGCUUCCCGGAGAAAAAGAAGGAGGAAGAGGAGGAGGAGGAAGAGGGAGGAGCAGCACCAGAGAUGCAGCCACUCAUGUCGUCUCUGAGGCCCCCUGGCCCCCUACCACCGCCCCCACCACCGCCAGGAUCCGCCCCAGGCUCAGGGAGGAGGAUGAACCCCUGUGUCUACCUGAGGAGCCUGGUGACGACGCCCCCUCAUGGCAGCGGGGAGCCACACAGCCGAGGCCCCACCCAGCUGUAA